GGGAGGACUGGUGGUGUACCUGCGGGGCUAGCUAACAUAUUCCUACGGAGGUGGAAUCAUUUUGCUGCACAGAAUGGGAUUCAGUGCUACCAUCGUUGGGGAGAUAUAUCAUCAGGAGGAAAACCGCCGCAGAGAGUGCAUCACAAGGAGUGAAAACUUUGCAGCAAUCACUAAGUUAAACUGGAAAAAACGCCCAGGCCUGCAGGAGCUGAUGGACAGCUUUCAGUCAAGUGGACCCUCACCAACUGUUACCUGGUGUGGAGCUUGCACUCCUGCAGCAGGGGUCUCAUGAUAAACACAGAGAGAGCAACAGCAGGACAAGAAGGUGGACUCUCACCAGCUGUUACCCAGUGCAAGGCUCAUACUCCUGCAGGAGGGGUCUCAUGAUAAACACAGAAAGCGACAGCAGGGCAAGGAGGAAUGAAUCAGUCGGUCAAGUUGAGUGUUCAGGACAAUCCAUUGGUUCCAGUUGAUGCUGAAGACCAUGAGGGAUCAUCAAGACCUGAGAACCUACAGCACCGUCAUGCUUCACUCUGUGUCAGCUGGAGGUGUGUAUUGUGCUAAAACAGCCAGAGCCCGUGCAGCUGCCCUGGGUUUGGAUUUUCCUGGAGUCCAUGGAGCCCCUGAUCUCCAUGGACCAGCCCCCCACAGGAUGCCGUUUGGUCCUCAGCCUUACGAUGACAGUGAUCCUGAAUUGGAUGAGACUGGACCUAACGUGGCCUCCUACAGUCAAAGUCAACCAGAAGUGCGAUCCCUACAUGACAGGAUACAGAAACAGGCUCACCCCAGGAGUUGGCAUGGCACUUACAGUCCAGUUCAAAGUGACUACACCACCGACCAAGUGCUUAGCCCUCCCAGAGGACGCUCAGUUAUUAACCGCAAGUCCAAUUUUGAGGAGGUCAAGCAUGUUGCCCCCCCAACUCUGACUGCAGCCCGGGGCCAGCCUGACCUUGUGAAUUGGGAUCCUCAAGGUCGCAACAAGCCGCUCUCAUUUGUCUACAAUGAGCACGACCUUGCUGUUGACGAGUCUGUCCCAAAUAGACGUGGCAUGUCUCUGAGUGGGCUCUCCCUGCCCAGAAGCAGGGGUCACGGCGCUCACCAGAGGGGUCUAACUGGAAACGGCCCGGGAAGAGGAGUCCCUGUCCUCGGUUCAUCCGGCAUCACUGACAAAGACCGCGUCAGAGCGAUGACUAGAAGUGCUGCUGUCGGUAGACUGAACAGGAUUAGGUUCUCUGGCCAUCUUGCUCAGCCGCUGCGCAGACGCCUCAAUGUCAAACAGUUUUUUCAAGGUAACCCCGCCCUGAGACAUCUGACGAGAAGCGAAAUCAGGUCCAGUUAGAAUAAGUCACUGAGCUAAAGGGUCUGACACAUAACCUGGCUGUCUUGUCAAAUCCUGUGAGGAGUUCUUAAAGUUAACAGGCGAGCAUUUUGUGAA